UUGUUGGAAAAUGAUGCCUCAAAUGCAGAUGCACUAGACACUCCUGCUCCGGGUAACAAUCAUGACCGGGGCGCCGUGAAACGGACAAACCCAGUGUUUCCGUCUCGCACUGGGGCUUCAAACACCGCUGCCACGCUACCUGCACACAGUCCCACACAGUCUGAGACGACCAAAACGACAUCAGCGACAAAUCGUGCACCUCAGAAUGCUGCCAACUCCCGAACAACCACGACGCCCACCACAGUGGCUUUUGAACGCCUAGAACCGGUCGGCGAACCAUGGUACGUGGGCAAAAUGUCCCGAUCCCAGGCCGAGAGUCUGUUACGUUACGAGGGGGAUUUCCUCGUUCGAGCUAGUCCACAUCAACCGGGGCAAUUUGUUCUGAGUGGAAUGCAAGAUUCGAAGUGUCGACACCUUUUGCUGGCCGAUCCGAAUGGACUGGUUCGCACUAAAGAACGAGUGUUCGAUAGCAUUCAACAUCUGAUUGAUUAUCACGUUCAGAACGGGGUCCCGAUUCGAUCGGCAGACAGUGAGAUCCGGCUAAUUUUUCCCGUAUCCACAUUCACAUUUUGCGAAUCAUGA